AUGGGGCUGCUGUCUGGGGACACACUGGGGCCCCUGGCCGUGGCCGUGCUCAUCUUCUUGCUCUUGCUGGACCUGAUGCACCGGCGCUCACGCUGGGCCCCACGCUACCCACCAGGCCCCACGCCGCUGCCGGUGCUGGGCAACCUGCUGCAGGUGGACUUCGAGGACCCGCGUCCCAGCUUCAACCAGGGCCUGAGCCCCAGCUCCGAUGUCACAGCGACUCCUCCAAGACGGGUCCAGCAGGAAAUUGAUGAUGUGAUAGGGAAGGUGAGGCGACCAGAGAUGGGUGAUCAGGCCCUCAUGCCCUUUACCGUGGCCGUGGUCCAUGAGGUGCUACGCUUUGCAGACAUCGCUCUCCUGGGAAUGCCCCACAUGACAUCCCGAGACAUCGAGGUGCAGGGCUUCCACGUCCCAAAGGGGACGACACUCAUCACCAACCUGUCGUCAGUGCUGAAGGUUGAGACCAUCUGGGAGAAGCCCUUCCGCUUCCACCCGGAGCACUUCCUGGAUGCCCUGGGACGCUUCGUCAAGCAGGAGGCCUUCAUACCCUUCUCCGCAGGCCGCCGUGCAUGCCUCGGGGAGCCCCUGGCCCGCAUGGAGCUCUUCCUCUUCUUCACCAGCCUCCUGCAGCACUUCAGCUUCUUGGUGCCUGCUGGGCAGCCCCGCCCCAACGACCAUGGUGUCUUUGCCUUCCUGGUGACCCCAGCCCCAUACCAGCUCUGUGUGGUGCCCCACUAG